GGCAUCCGUCCUAUAGGCUUACGCGGAGCUUGGCCGCCGCUUCUUUGGAGGCCCAAAGGGACCAGGUAAGGCACGAAAGGUGGUGGUGGUCUGUCGCCGGGGACGCGUAUGCCCUUGCCGUGCAGCGCACCACUUACCGGAUGCAAUGGGCACAGAGUGGUCAAAAAAUAUAAAUAUGUCUACAGUCCUCUACCCCAAAUCACGUCAACGAUGUCCACUAUCAAGUUCGACGGUCAGUCUACAGCCGAGAGUGUCGCCCAUGUUCUGAGCGACAAGAUCGUCGGCAAGACUGUUAUUAUUACGGGUGUAUCUCCGAAAGGGAUAGGUGCGGAAGCCGCGCGUGCGUUCGCGAAGGCCGGCGCAAAGGUCGUUCUUUCUGGCCGCAACCAGAGCAAGCUCCAGGAGACUGCCGACGCAAUUAAGAAGGAGACUCCUGGCGCGGACAUCAGGGAGCUCAUUCUCGAUCUUGGUUCGCAGAAGUCCGUCCGCAAGGCAGCCGACGAGGUCCUGAAAUAUUCCGGUCCUGUUGACGCACUUAUUCUGAACGCCGGUGUCAUGGGCACUCCUUGGGAGAAGACUGAGGAUGGCAUCGAGAAGCAAUUCGCAACCAACCAUGUCGGCAACUUCCUCUUCACCAACCUGAUCAUCCCAAAACUGCUUGAGGCACCUUCACCUCGCGUCCUUGCGGUCUCUUCUGUCGGCCACUUCUGGGGCCAGGUCCGCUUCGAGGACUACAAUUUUGAAGAUGGAAAAGUCUACGACAAAUGGGAGGCAUACGGUCAGAGCAAGACAGCGGUCAUUCUCUUCGCCGUUGAGCUCGCGGAGCGUUUCAAGGAUACGAAACUCGUCGUAUUCUCCUGCCACCCCGGAGGUGCCGCUACUGGCUUGGCCCGUCAUAUGACGAAAGAAGACCUCGAGAAAUUUGCAGACUAUUUCAAUCCCGAUGGCACGCCAAAAGGCAACUGGUUGAAGACCGUUGGCGAGUGUGCAGCCAAUUACCUCGUUGCUGGUUUCGACCCGUCCAUCGCCGAUAAGAGUGGCUCCUACCUCACCGAUUGUCAGGUCGCAAACGAGCAAGCCGCUCCUUACGCGCUGGACAAGGACAGUGCGAAGAAACUCUGGGACUUGAGCGAGAAGCUUGUGGGCCAGAAAUUCCCCGCAUAGAUCUGCUAUUCAGGCCUCUUUGUAUUCAUAUAAAUAUUCAUUGGUAG